AUGGACAGUGAAAGUGAUAGUGAAGAGUAUAUUCAAAACACAUUGAUUACAAUCUCGUAUUCACUGAUAGUGAUCGUGUCUUUAGUGGGAAAUACACUCGUAUUCAAAACGAUAGCAUUUCAGCCAAAAAUGCGAAACUCAACCAAUAUGUUGAUCGCAGUGUUAGCCGUUUCCGACCUAUUGAUGACCACAUUUAACAUACCAUUUACUGUUGUGGACAUAAUAUUGACUGAUUGGAUAUUUGGGCAAUUUUUUUGCACCUCGGUCGCUUUUGUUCAGGCAAACUGUGUGUAUGUCUCGAGCUUUACAAUGGCUGUAAUCGCUAUCAAUCGUUGGCGAGCCGUAUAUAAGACACGUCCGCAACAGUCCAACCGAUCCGACAAUAAAUUAAGCGCUCAUUUCAUUAUACUAUUGCUUAUGAUAUGGUUGUUGGCGGCCCUCCACGCACUGCCCCACACCAUAUUCAACGUUAUCCGCGUAUAUCCGGGUAAUAUCCGUCGCUGUAUCACACAAUUGCCCGAUAGUGAGUACAAUUUGCGUAUAAUAUUAACCCUGGUCACAUUUGUCACCCAAUACUUAAUACCGCUGUCGUGUGCGGGCAUUAUAUACACGAGAAUCGCGUUCACAAUCCUAUCGCAGGGAAGGGUAGGGGAGGCGACGGAGGACAGGGCCCGACAGAUCACGAGUAAGAAACGGCGCCGAAUAGCCAUGCUCAUUCUCGUGGUCACCAUUUUCGCACUCUGUUGGCUGCCAUUCAAUAUCUAUUAUUUUCUGCUCGACUUCGGUGUUAUAAAAAGAGCCAAUUAUUACAUCUUUCUCUUCUGCCAUUGGCUCGCAAUGUCUUCAGUUUGCUAUAAGUGA